AUGUCUCCCAUCGCUAUCACCCCUCCCCAAGAGGGCGAGACCGUCACCGACCUCACACACGCCGGCAUCGAAGAAGCCCUCCUCAAGAACGCCCCUUCACAACUCAAAUCCGCUUCACUCACCAAUUCAAUUACCGCUACCCCACCACCGGAGCCCGAGACCAAACUACAACAUACCGUCGAAACCCCUCUCGCUGAACUCGAUGCGUCCAAAAUACAAUGCAAAUAUACCGAAUCACCGCGCCCCGUCCCGGCCGUAGGCUCAGCAGAAAUGGCCAGCCAGAAAGUAUGCACCGACCAUAUGGUGCAAGCCAAAUGGACGGUCGAACAGGGCUGGGAGGCACCAACUCUCCAACCUUACGGCCCCAUCUCGCUCGCACCAACAGCAUCAUGCCUACACUAUGCGACCGAGUGUUUCGAAGGCAUGAAGCUAUACCGCGGCCACGACGGCAAACUACGUCUCUUCCGCCCAGACCUUAACUGCAAGAGGAUGUUGAUGAGCACAAACCGCAUCGCGCUCCCCGCCUUCCCUCCCAAGGAGCUGUUGAAGCUCAUUGUGAAGCUGUGUGCUACAGACGGAAAGAAGUGGCUGCCGAAAGAUAGACCAGGGCAAUUUUUGUACAUCCGCCCCACCAUGAUCGCAUCCGACCCGGCUCUAGGCGUCGAGCGUCCCAAAGAAGCCCUCCUUUUCGUCAUCCUGUGCUGUUUCGCGCCCAUGGGCGAUAUGAGCGGUGGUAUCAAGCUCCUCGCUUCGCAGGACGACAUGUGCCGCGCGUGGCCCGGAGGCUUCGGAUACGCCAAGGUGGGCGCCAACUACGGUCCUUCGCUGGUCGCUCAGGGAGAGGCUAGGAAACGCGGGUUCCACCAGAUCCUCUGGCUGUUUGGAGAUGACUGUACUAUUACGGAAGCUGGAGCAAGCAAUUUCUUCGUCGUUUGGCGGACAAAAGAAGGGAAACUUCAGCUGGUCACUGCGGAUUUGAAUGAGCGUAUCGUUCUUGAUGGCGUGACGAGGCGGUCUAUUCUCGAGCUUGCACGCUCGCGCCUGGACUCUAGCGCUUCAUCGUUGCCCUCAUCAGAUCUCGAGCCCCUCGAAAUCGUCGAGCGCAAAUUCAAUGUCUUUGAGAUUGAAGAGGCGGCAAGAGAGGGCAGAUUGGUCGAAGCCUUCGCAGCAGGUACCGCAUGGUUUGUUGCACCCAUCAGUGGGAUCCAUUUCCGUGGCAAAGACAUCGAGGUGCCAAUGGUCAAGGGUGACGCAGGCGCGUAUGCCAGCACGUUCAGGAGCUGGCUGAAGGGCAUCAUGUGGGGUAGCGAUGGAAUGGAGGGACACGAGUGGGGACAGGUAAUUGAUGAAGAGUAG